AGUUUUCAUCAUGGCGUCCUCCUCUCUGCCAUCGCCUUUCUCCGAGACCACCUUGGGUCUCAUUUCCCCCACGAGUAUCCCCCCUUUUAAGCGUGACCUGUACUGCUGGGUGUGCCACGUGGACGGGCCUCUCCUCAAAUGCAAGACCUGUUCUCGCGCUUAUCAUCGCAACUGCGCCAAUCAACUUGGCUCACUUUGUCACACUGCGGAGGCCCUGAUGGACACGGAGAGUCCAAGUCCGCAUUUCAUGAAGGGAUGCCCAGAGUGCCAAAUGGGGACGAAGACGAUUUUUCCAAACAUGAAACAAGCCCCGAUUCAGGAAUUGAGAUUAAUUUGUGUCGCCAUCGCCAGGAACUUGAGAGAUGGUUAUUUUUGGCCCAACCCGUUUUACAAACUCGACACGGAAAAGAGUCCCAAAGAGUUUCAAGAGUAUAAAGACAUCGUCGCGAAAGUCGUGGAUAUUUCAGAACUGGAAAAAUUGGCUGGAAAUGACCAGUUUGUUACGUUGGAAGGAUUUCUAGGCGAGGCCAAAUGGAUUUUGCACAAUACGAUCAUCGUGCAUGGAAAAUGUUCCCGAGAAGCUGACUGCGCCAAAGAAAUAAUUGACAUUUGUGAAUUGGAACUUUUGGCUGCGGAACUGUGUCCAGAAUGCUUUUUGAAGGAGCACAACCGUGAAAAGGAUGAACUUUGGUUUAUUAAACCGUGUCUCCGACACCCUCAUCCACUCGGAUGGGCAAAGACCCCCUCCAAUCCAAACUGGCCUGUCAAGAUAAUGGGCUGGACUCCGGGUUCUUCCUCCGUCACGGUGAGAUCCUUCGGAGACUAUCAACGCUUCGAUAUCCCUCCAUCAAAGUGCUACCUGUACAUGAAAAAUCCCCCAAAGUUCGACAGUCAUCGAGGGGAGAGGGGCGAGGAUGCGAAACUAGCUCAGAAGGAAGCCGAACAACACGUUACCGAGCUGGAGAAAGUCAUGGGGAAAGUGCGACUUCCGGAAAAGGAGUGUCGUCUGUCGUCUCUCGGAUCGUUAGAUAAUGCAAUCAAAUUCAUGUUUCCAGAACUGGAGAGGAUUUGGUGUCCAAAUGAAGACGAAGAGGAAGAUGAAGAAGUUGACAAAAAUACUCCAACGUCAGCACCGAACAAUAAUCUCGAGAGAGAUGAUGAUGUUGCGAAUAAUAAUUAAGUUGACGACAAGAGUUGGCGUAAAUGUAAUUUUCAGACUAUCUGAUGAGUUUACGAUCAUUUUAUUAAAUUAAAUUGAAGAUAUGUAUCACGAAUUUAAUUUGCGAAUAUUCGGAAAUUGUAUCACUCUCAUUUUAUUAUAUCGUUCGAUACGUGCAUAUUACAGCAGAUACAUAUUUGUGUAAAUAUUUGCACAUGUCGCAGAUUUAUUGCUACAAAUGUCAUUUUAUGUUUGCACAAAUUAAUAGUAAUAAAUACAAUACACACAAAUUCAAUUCAGUAUUCUAUAAAAACACGAGUAAAAUAUUACGUGAAAGAAGAAGUCCAACUUGGUGGUGUCAUAAUUUUUGCAAAAUAUUCGGCCAACCGCUAGGAUGAUGGGGACGAUUGUUUCCUCUGAAUUUGGUAAAAAA